UCAACUUAAAACUUCUGUUGCAUGAUACCAUGUUUACCUUGAUAAACUGUAAAGCUGUACGCUUUAAAGGGACACUUCACCCCAAAAUAAAAAAAUCCAUAUCUAGAUGUUUAUUGAUGUGGGUUGCAAAAUGUUGGUGAUGUCUGCCUUCUCCAGAAUAGAAUGGAAGUAGUUGACACUACGUCAAAAGUACAUUUGAAAAUCUCAAAUGUCUCCGUCUGUACAGAAACCAUGACUCAAUAUAAUCCUUGUUAUAGGCAGUUUCAUGUAGAAACUACUUUCUUUGUUUCAUAAGUUCCUACAAGAAGCAGCUCACAAUGUGCGUUUUCCUUUUUUUUGGCCUGUAUUUUAGAUUUUUAUUGGGACUGUCAAUUUAAACAGGUCAGUGCUUCCUCGAUGUCUGAUUAUAAUGUCCUCUUAUAAAUCCCUUAAAUCUUAUUUUUUUGUAGCAAUUUGGCAUAUUUCUAAAUUGAGGGCUAGAGCAUUACAUCUUCAGAGUUCUGCGUCAUCAUGAAACAGGAGCUGGAGUUAAUUUUCCAUCCAAGGUGCUACACAAACUCUCUAGCUCUAGACCUUGUAACUUUUCUGUUAAUAUAUGAAUCACUGUAGUUCUGGUGGAAACCACAACAUACUGAGGAUUACAAUGUUUCUAAGAGGGUUUGAAAUCAGCACUUAGUUGACCCUAUCUCUGGCAGUAUGCCUGUAAUGCUUGAUUUGUUGCCAUUCCAGUCAGAGAAAGGGUCUAAUAAGGUUUUCUUAAUAAGAGGAAGCAAUAAGUCAUACCGUAUACACGGCGAUACUCAUAUCUCUGUCUGUAAGACACUGACUAGAUGUGUUGUGGGUGGAUGAUGAAAUCUCAUGGGCAGCCUUCGUGGGUUGUUUCAUCGUCUGGACUGAAGUCAGUUUGGGAAUUUAUAUGCAAGUAACACAUUGAUUCAUCUGAUUCAGAGGAAAAAAGUUGGGUCAUUUUUAUCUUGAAGCUGUGUGGAAAAUUAAGUGAGAGCUACACUGAAAAAAAAGUAUUAAACAAAUGGAAAUUACAGUAUGUUAACAUACAGUACAAGUUUAAAUUCAUAAGACUAUAAUGAACAAAAUUGCAAGCUCAGUGAAGCACAAUGUGUUAAAUGUGCUUUUCACAAAUACACAGUUGUGUUCACUACAUUUACUCAACUACUGCACUUCAGUAAAAUUUUGAGGUGCUUGUAAUUUGCUUGAAUAUUUCCAUUUUAUGUAAUUUUAUACUUCUACUCCACUACAUUUUAAGGCAAAUAUUGUACUUUUUACUCCACUACAUCUAGCCGACAGCUUUAGUUCCUUUUAAGGUCAGGGUUUAAUGUAAAAACAUGAUACAUUUAACCUCAUAACAGUAUAUUACGUAUUUAAAAUGAGCCCUAUGUUGAGAAAAUUCAGACACUGCUUACAUAAAUGCAUCAAUACAAAUAAUCUAAUAAUUUAUUUAGAAUAUAUAAAACAAUCUGACACAGGGAAAGAGACAUUCGCGUGCAUUCAAUUAUUCUCCACAUGAGAAAUGCUAUUUAGAUUUUUAAGGAACUGAAAUCUGAGACCAACUAUUUCUGUUCAAAUGGCCAAACAGGUUUUCGCAGAAUUCAAAGUGAUAGUGUGGUUAGAAUAAGUCAUCAUGUAGACGGAAUGUUCUGUGAACUCUGCAGCACGUACUUAACACGCAGAUUAUACAGAGGGCAUUUGUUUACCAUGAAAGUACUUCACACCUAGUUUAACACAGGCAGGCUGUGUUUGACAGGCUCUGUGAGGAUAAACAUGAGAAUAUAAUGUGAUGUUAAAGUGUGAUAUGGCUGACAUUUUGGAUAAACUAAAUUGGAUUGCCCCAAACAUGCAAGGGAAAGUCCUGGUGUCUCUCCCUGUGUGAAGGUGUUGUGUGUGCGCAUGCCUGUGAACUCUGGGAGAAUCAAAAUGUUAAUUCUGAUGGUAUGUAGAAGGGAGAAACCUUUGAAAGGUGUUUUAUUAAUUUUUUUGGUCGUGUUAUGUAGAAGGGAAAAACCUUUGAAAGGAGUUUUAUUAUUAUUUUUGGCCAUGGUUAUGUCACAGAUUGAAACCGUUAUUAUGGAUUAAUAUGAAUACUAAUUUCCAAAUGAAUUAAUAAUAAAAACAACUGAUAAUAAAAAUACUUCCACAAGUCUUUUCUGCUAGACUCGUGUAGAAGAAUCUUGAUGAUAUAAAUGUUUGUGAAAAUUUAAAAACACCCACAAAAUGAAGGUUAUUAAAUAAGAGAGACAAAUAAUGACCUCUGUAAAAAAUUCUAUUCCAUUUCUAUAUGUUUUGUUCCCUAAAGUAUGAUAGCUAUGUACAUGUUUGAUUUGUAAAUUAAAUGCAUUAUAUGUCGUUUUCUGCCGUUCUCAAUCUCAACAAUUAUAAAAUACAGAAUUUGGAGACAUCAUAAAGUAUUGGUGUCUCUUCAAAACAAAUGGACAAGCUGAUUAAAACCGGUUAAAUCACUAAAUAAAGCUUUUUUUUUUUUUUUUUUAAUUAAAAAUCACUGAUUCUCCAACUCUACUUGAUGGAAACAGGACUUCUCGACGGGGCUGUGAGCUGACAAUUUUUCAGCCUGUUUUUUCUGAUACUUAUCAUCCAGCGAUCAAUGACUAAAAUCCUUCAUGCGGUUAAAAUUUUUGUGUCAAAAACCACCAAGAUCUAAAUAGAGUAACUUAAAAAUACAGUCAGUUUAUGACAUCAUCUGGCAGAAAACCACAACACUAACGCACUGACGUCCAAAAGUGAGAUCACGUCAUUGACAGGCAAGCAAAUGAAACUGACCUUAUAUAGUGCAAGUCUCAUUUUAUUGUGUAAUGGGCAUAUUAUUCUAAAGAAAAAGGUGUGUGUGUGUGUGUGUGUGUGUGUGUGCGUGUGCGUGCAUGCUUGUGCGUGUGUGGGCACCCUAUCUGCCUGAUUCCAGGAUUGGUUAUCAGAUACGGUCUAUCUAACAUGUGGUGAUGAGUUUUUCAGCUUAAAGGCUGAGGGCAGCCCCCCCAACCCACUUCACACCCACAUUUUGACACUUCUUAUCUACACAUCAGAGUCCCUUAUUCGAAACAUACACUCCUGUUUACAAAAAUUUGACAUGCAAAACAGUGUAGAGGAAAUGCACGGCUGUUUGCUGUGAGCAGCAUUAUAAAUAUGAUGGUCAGUGGUCAGUUUGAGCAUACAAUCAUCAAGAUCAGUACGACUGAACUUCUGCUCUUGAUUGUUUGGCUCUUCACUUCGGUGUCACUUCAGCAAAAUGGUAAGAAAUAAUGACUGGAAUUAAAUAUAUUUGUUAACCUGUUUUUAAAUUUUACUUAUUAUCUGGUCAGUUAAUGUUGACAUUGAUUGAUUACGGUAGAAUAACAUUCUGGGCAUUCUGGUCAUUUUUCAUUUUAACACAUUUUCUCAACUAGAGCUGCAAUGAUUAGUUGGUUAAUUCAGAAGUUGACUUACAGAAAAAUAAUUGAAUUACUGAUUUAUUGUUAAAUUAAUAUUUUAAUGUUUCCUGCUUUUCUCUGUUUUAUAUCAUAUUAAACUCAAUUUCAAAACAAGACAUUUAAAGACAUUGCCAGGAUUGAGAAACAAGGAUGGACAUUUUCACACUUUUUCUGAAAUUUUAUUGGCCAAGAGAUAAAUAGAUCAAUCUAGAAAUUAAUCAAUAAUUUAAAAUAACUGUUAGUUGCAGCUUUAUUCUCAACUAAAUACAAUACAAGCAGAUUGAAAUGGCCCAUGCAUACAUUUUUUAUUUAGUUUGAAGAUAAAGUAUCACUAGCAAAUUAAGGAAUGAUUACUUAGGUUUAAAUACAAGUAAUGGAACUUUUUCAACUCUCUCCUCACAAUUCCACAGGAGACUCUUUCACUGUGGAUUUGUGGGCUUUUGCUCGUCAGCCUCACCGGAGCACAUGGACUCGACCGCUUUCCAGAAAACUUUGUGGUGGCAAAAAGGAAUAAUCCAAAUCCAAUUACACUUACCUGCCAUACAAAGACCAGCGGAAAUGUCAGAUGGAAGUUUCAAGAGCUUCAUGGAGGGAUGGAGGAAGUGGAUAUAAAUGGUGACAUCCAGCAGAACGGGGUAAAUCUGGCUGUCUCAGAGGUAGAUGGAUACAUGGUGGGAAAUUACAGCUGCUGGAGAGGAGAAGACAUGAUAUCAUCAACCUAUCUGCUGCUGGAGCCUGAGAAGAAAGACACAUUAGAUUUUUCUAUCAGUUGUCGGGCAAAAUCCUAUGGCUGCAACUUCAGCUGUGACUGGACCCCCAGUGGACAAACAGCGAUGCGCCUUGGACUGGGCAAUAACUGCACCAAUGGGAGGAAGUCGUGUCAGUGGGUAAGCAGUGAUCAGCUCGUGAAUGGGAGAUUCCACUUUGUGCUGCCCCACACCCUCUCACCUUACGCUGAGGAAAGCACCAUGCUCGAACUAACUGCUGAAGCCGUCGUUAACUUCUCCUACCUCAAGGAAACCAAGAGCUUUUAUCUCAGAGACAUCGUCCAACCUGAUAGUCCCCAGAUUGCCAAGUGUCAGGAGGAGGAGGAUGGUUCAAAUGUGAGCAUUAAUGCACCAUCCAGCUGGUCCACUCCUCACAGCUUCUUCAGUCUGGAGCACCAGAUUGAAUACAUCCUUAAAGACGAUGGCACGACUGGACUUUCUUCAUCUGCCAAGAUCCCGAAGGGGAUCAGCAAGCUGAGGGCCCGCUGCAGAGAUCCGCUGGUGCUCUCAGCCUGGAGCCAGUGGACUCCCUGGAAAAAUGUGAGAACAGGGAAAAAGAACCUAUGCAAAUGCAAAAACACUGCAAAAUUUUGCUGCCCAGAGUUGCCGUCUGGGUACCUGGACAACUGCCAGAAGAGAAAGAAGAACAGAAGGGAGAGGAACCACACAUCUUAGAAAGAAGAUGCUCAAUACAAAAACAUUGCAACUGGGACCAUGUGGGUGUACUAAU